CAUGUGUUAAGAGGCAAGCCCAAUUUAAGAGCUGGUCGGUUGAAAGCAGCGCAGACUGUAAGAGAGUUGAGAAGAGAAUGGAAGAGGAGGAAGAGCAUGAGGUGUACGGUGGUGAGAUCCCCGACGUUGGAGAAAUGGAAGGAGACUUCGAUCCUCACCAUGACUCUGCCGACGUUGACAUGUCCGUUGCCGACGACGACGCCGUCAAGGAACUGGACGAGACGAAGAAGCGGUUAACGGAAAUUGAAGAGGAAGCCGCGGCUCUUCGCGAAAUGCAAGCCAAGGUCGAGAAGGAGAUGGGCGCUGUUCAAGACCCUGCCAAUGCAGCUGCUUCUCAGGCCAGCAGGGAGGAGACAGAUUCUCGAUCUGUUUUUGUUGGCAAUGUUGAUUAUGCGUGCACACCAGAAGAAGUGCAGCAACACUUUCAAUCUUGUGGUACAGUGAACAGGGUUACUAUCCCGACAGACAAGUUUCGCCAGCCUAAAGGUUUUGCUUAUGUGGAAUUCCUUGAAACUGAAGGUGUUCGGGAGGCUCUCCUAUUGAAUGAAUCUGAAUUACAUGGCCGUCAAUUGAAGGUUAUGCCGAAGAGGACCAACGUUCCUGGGAUGAAACAAUUUCGUCCUAGGCGCUUUAAUCCUUAUAUGGGAUAUCGCUUCAGGAGGCCAUAUCCUCCUCCUUACUUUUACUCCCCCUAUGGAAAUGGAAAGGUUCCCAGGUUUAGAAGGCCAGGUCGGUACAUGCCAUACUACUAGAUCCUAUGAUAUUGUAUGUAUCAGGAUAGACGUGUCCUGCAGCUUUGCCUUGAUUUAAUCUAGGUAGCAGUCAGUGACACUAUCUUUAUAAGCGUUGUCUUCUAUGUGAUUGAGAAGAGUAUCUAUUGCCCCUUGUAGGUUUCGCCUCCGGUUCUUGGAAUAUAGUUUUGACUUUAGGGUACUACUACCUUCGAAUGUAUCAUGUUUCACUGUCUAGUACAUGCAAAAUAGCAUUAUUAGUGACUCUCUAUGUACAAUUAUGUCUUAAAAAAUAGAUCGGAGGCAUGAAGGUUCGCAACUGUGUGUCAUCCAACUGCUGCAAUUAGUCUGCUGCUUCAGGUCCAAAGACAACUGCAGUAAGGUCGCGCAUCAUCACUAUCUAUUCAAUGACACCGAACUCUAAAUAAAUCUUUGGCGGCGGAGUUUAUAUCAUCGUGUCAAAAUUGAAAUAUGAAGUUUAGUAGUGUUUUGUUUGUGUGGGUCAUGACUUGUGACAUAUUAGUCGUAUGGUACCUUUGGUCAGGCCCUUGAUUCAUUGAAAGAAGUGGACUUGAAUAUUCGUUGGGAGCUUGCCUUGUGUGGAUUCGAAGCAUUAAUUGGCCAAUUCUUACAACGUAUGAAAUUUGAUAUCGGGUCUAUAUUAGUGGCAUUUCUCACAUUUAAUAGAAAUAUAUUACAUCUCUAACUUAGAUUU